ACUCGUAGAUUUGCCUCCUGAAGUCUGCAAUAGACAGCAGCACAAUAAUCCGGAAAAGCCGUCUUUAUUUUUUGGAGUCGGCUCAUUUUCGCAUGACCAAAGAAAGGGGGGAAUCGGUUUCCUGAUUCAGACAUAUGUUCGUGGAUUUUCUCGUCUACUACGCUCUCGACUCAAUUCCCUCAGAACGACAAACUCCCGCUCUUCACAGCUGAGAUUAGCUCCAAAACCAUAUAAAGGGAAAGGCUAAAGAACUCCGUAUCUGAAUCUCUCUUUGGUUGGGACUUCAGAGAUUUUGUUUGUGUUUUUUUUUUAAUUUCAAUGGCCGCAAGUGCGAACGAGUCGCCGGGAAGCGGUAAUGAUAAUAGCAACGGCCAGGAUGGGACGGGCACCGCGAAUGGCGUCACCACUAACGGCGUAUCUGUACCUGAAAGGUCGGUGUUGGGGCCUACCCAGGCGGCGCUCCGCCACAACCCCGGCAUAUCCGUCGAAUGGACUGCCGACGAACAGUCUAUUUUGGAAGAAUUACUCACAACAUAUGCUAAGGAAAGUAACAUAGUCCGCUAUGCAAAAAUUGCUAUGCAGUUAAACGAUAAGACUGUGCGGGAUGUAGCACUAAGAUGUAGAUGGAUGACAAAAAAGGAGAACAGCAAGCGGAGAAAAGAAGAUCAUAAUUCGUCAAGGAAAAACAAAGAAAAAAAGGAAAAAAAUACCGAGCCGGUGUCAAAAUCCAUGCAUGUUGCAAAUCACACAAAUGUUCCUGUCUAUGCUCAACCUGCAACAUCGUUAGACAAUGAUGAUGGAAUCUCUUACAAGGAAAUUGGUGGCCCAACCGGACAACUUCUUGAACAUAUUGCUCAUUCCUUGGAACAGAUUUCUACAAAUUUUGCUACAUUCAAGAUACAUGAGAACAUCGGUCUUUUCUGCCAGACUCGAAAUAAUAUCCUCUCAAUCUUAAAUGAUCUGAAAGAUAUGCCGGAAACGAUGAAGCAGAUGCCACCACUCCCUGUGAAGUUGAAUGAAGAGCUCGCAAAUUCAAUCCUUCCUCAACCGCUCUUGCCAAACCAGUCUUGAAAUCCUGGAUGCUGUUGCUAUGCUGAAUUUGAAAAUUUUAUCUGCAUUUCCUGUAGGCAUAGUCUAGGAAUUUUCUUUCCCAAUGUUGCUCCUGCAAUUUUCUCCACUUUUUGGGGGGGUUGGUGUAUUCAAGUAUAGGAUUAGGUUAUUCAGUGCUGCAAGUGACAUUGUCAAUAUAGGUUCUUGUGUCCAAAGGAUUUCUUAGUCUGUAAAUAAUUCGUUUGGAAAAUAUCUCCAUUAUUUUCUGCCUACAUGACUCUCCUUUUUGCUUUCAUCCGAAUAAAGUAAUAAAAUUUGAGUUUUCAUCUUCUUCUUGUAGUCAAAGUCAAGUCAAUUAUAAAUAAUACUCCGUACAUUAA